GAGCUUCUCUCUCCAAAUAGAUCGUUGCUUUCUCCAGACGCGACCAAAGGCUCAGCCCAGCCGCAUCUCACCUUCUCCCUUGCGUGGAUUUCCGAUUUCAUCACAGGCCAACUUCGCCGCCUCCACCUUCAUCGUCUCCACCUUUCACCAUUAUCGUCUUUAUUUUCCUUCGAAUUUCAGAGAGGAAGGUGUCCAGAAUGGGUGGUGGAGGAUGACAGUGGUGGUUGGGGCGACGCCGGUGUGGGCGGCAGCAUCGGCCGCAGUGGCUGCGGCAGAAACGAUGCCGGCGAGAUGGCGGCAGGCGGCAGGCGGCACCGGCAAGACAUCGGCAAACAGCACCGGUGAGACGGCAGAAGGCAACGCCAACAAGGUAGGGGGCAAGCUGCAGUGGCACCGAGGGUCGCGGAACUGCUGUUGAGAAUUUGGGCUUCAUUAGAUUUUAAUUUAAAAAUUCAAACAAUAAUUGAAUGGGGGCAUUUUUGUCCAAAUAGAUAAUUAUAUGUCCUACGAAACUUACUUUUGUAUUCCGGUCCUAUUUGUGAACUCCGCCCCUCUUUUAGUCCUAAAAGGAUAAUUAACUCAAAAACUAACGUUUAUUUAUUAGAUUUGGGCAACAACUAACACUUUUCUUCUUCUUUACAUAUAAAAACUAAUAAAGGUCAAUGAGUGUAGACUUAUUUUAGCUAUAUUUUUUUUAAUUAAGGGUAGUUGUGUAGCUUAGUUCACUUGUACAUUACGCUUAAUCAACGACCUGUAUCUCCGUUAGUCUAAACUCAUCCCCCAACUGUAUUUGCCGUGGUCUUUGACGUAGGGUAUAAAUGCAACGGUCAACAUUUCAUAUUUGCCGAGACAUAACUUUGACCAUUAAUAUACAUGAUUUUGUAUUAGUAAAAAAAUUUAAAAAUUAGAUUAUGAAAA